AAACAAAACAACGUGGUUCGAGUGUUCUGCAUAGCUGGAGUAUUAUCGAAAUAAUAAAUAUCUGUGAUUUAGAUUUACUAAAUAUGUCCAGCGACGACAGUGGUUCUGAUAUGGAAACUCCACCUCCAAAGCAAAAUGAAUCAAAGAAGAAAAAGCGUUUACAAGAUUAUCUUGAUGAGAAAGUGAUUCGUGAUGCUACGGAACGAGCCGAAGAUGCGCUAAGGAAACGCCGCAAAAGAGGUUUAACUGAGGACCAGGAAGAGGCAGAAGAAGUCAGCUAUCCAGUUAUCAACCCAAUCAAUUUAAUUAAGAAUAAAGAAAUCAGGGCCAGAAAAUUCAAGCGUUUGCAAGGCUCUAAAAAGAAGGAGGAAAAAUUGGCAAGAAAAGCUCGUAAGUUGGAAGACGGGCCGAAAUCCAAAGGCCAUACAAUCGAGAGUUUGAGAGAACAGGAUCAGACGUCAAUUGCCAAUAUUGCCGAAGAUGACCAUGAAGAGGUUGCAAAAGAUUUAGAGAUUGAUGAAUUUAAUGAUUACUACAAGAAAUCCUAUGAGCCGAAGGUGCUAAUUACUUACAGCGCUACUCCCCACUCUAGAACAAGGAAAUUUGGUACAGAGCUGGAAAAAAUAGUACCAAAUUCUGUGGUACAUGCAAGAAACAAAGCUAAGUUGAAAAAUGUUUGCCAGAGUGCCAUUCGAGAGGAAUUUACGGAUAUUGUUGUGAUCAACGAAAAUAACAAGAAGCCAGAAGGUUUGCUCGUGAUUCAUCUGCCUGAAGGUCCUACAGCCCAUUUCAAACUGAGUAAUUUCAAAUCGCUAAAAGAUCUCAAGAAGCGCCCAACAAACAUUACAACACACAGACCGGAGGUCAUACUGACGAACUUCAGUACUCGGUUGGGUUUAACCAUAGGCCGGAUGCUUGGGGCGCUUUUCCACUACGAACCGGAAUUUCAAGGUCGCCGCGUGGCAACAUUCCACAACCAGCGUGAUUAUAUAUUCUUCCGCCAUCACAUAUACGAGUUCGAUAAGAAUGGCAAAAGGGUGAAGCUGCGUGAGUUGGGUCCUCGUUUCACGCUGAAAUUACGCUCGCUACAGCAGGGUCUGUUCGACAGCAAAUGUGGAGAUUACGAGUGGAUGAUCACCAACAAGCGCCACAUGAUGGAGGGCAGGAGGCGAUUCUUUUUGUAAGCGAUAGUGUUUAGUAAAUUUAGACCUGUAUGAAGUUGAUGUGGUGAGUUCAGGUAAUAAAACA